UUAAAAGCAGCAAAUUUCAAUAAAUUUUUAUAACCGUAAUAUGUUAAUUUUGCUUUGAUCCUUCAGAAAUUUACCAUUCUGCGUUUCAUUUUCCUCCAUCUCUCAAUCUCGACUUCGAUCCGUAACUGUUACCUAUCGAUCGGAAAUCACUAUCUCCAAAGCUGUAAUGCAAAUUUACGCCCAAAAUUAGAUCGGAAUCUGGUCGGAAAGCGGUCGGUUCUUCCUGUAACGGACCGGUAUUUCGGCCUUCACCGCUUGAAUUGGAUUGGAUUGGGGAUAGAUUUCACUCUGUGGAGGAUCUGUGCAUAUUCUUUGGUAUAUCUUUUUGUAAGAUUUCUGAGUAGGUGAAGUGAUGGCAACUCCCGGAGGACCUAGGCCAGGGAAUUUCCCCCCGAAUUUUAACCCCAAUUCCCUUGCUAAUAAUAUGCAAAACCUACAAAUUAAUCAGCCUAAUCAGCAGCAACCGAACAAUGCUGGUGGUAGUGCCCCUAGACCUCCUCCGAAUGCUACACCAUUCGGUCAACAGGCUCCGCCUUUUGCUGGCAACAGACCAGGCCCACCUCCCCCUGGUGUAUUUCCAAGGGCUCCAGGACCACCUAAUGUUCCUUCUCAAACAUCACUGCCUCCAAAUAUGGUUUCUUCUAGACCUACUGGUCCACCGCCUGGAUCUCAGCCUCCUCCCUUUUCAUCAAGACCGCCACCACCUGGGGCAAUGCCAUCAUCCAUUGGUAGACCUGUUGCUCCCACACCUCCUGCACCGGGUCCUCGUCCUGGAUCAUACCCGUCUUCCCCUCUGACAUCAGCUCCCUCCACUCCGUCUCAUGCAAGUGCUUCUGGUCCAGUUAGUAAUGGACCGCCUACAUUUGCACCAGGUAUGACACAAAGUGGGUCAUCAUUCCCUCCUGCUAUGGGUGGUAUGCCGAGGCCUUUAGUUGGACCUCCGCAACCACCAGCUAUGUUAUCAUCUAGGCCUUCUUCUCAGCCGCCGCAAAUGCGCCCUACUUUUGGUGCUCCACCUACUGCUGUAUCAUCUGCCUCUGGGCAACCUGCACCGCCAUUUUCAGGCCCGCCACGGAAUAUGAUGCCUCCGAUGGGUUCAUCCCCAUUUUCAGCACCAAAUACAGGCAUGCAUCAAUCUAUGAAUUCUCCUUAUGGGAUGCAGACAUGGCCAGCACAGCCACAGCAGGUGACUCCACCUCCUCCUAUUCCUGGGUCUAUGCAGCAGCCUCCGCGGAUGUUUGGAUUGCCACCAGGUGGACAAUCACUUCCAAAUCAGUCUAUGGCUCUGAACCAAACAGGGCAAUCUAAAAUUGAUCCCAACCAGAUUCCCCGUCUUUCUCAGAGUGGAUCUGUAAUUGUUCAUGAGACCCGUCAAGGCAAUCAGGCGAACCCUCCACCGCCUGCAACAAGUGACUAUAUAGUUAAAGACACUGGAAAUUGCAGUCCACGCUACAUGAGGUGUACUAUCAAUCAGGUUCCUUUAACUGUAGACCUUCUAUCUACAUCGGGAAUGCAGCUGUCUCUAUUGGUCCAGCCAUUAGCUCUCCCGCAUCCAUCUGAGGAGCCUAUCCACGUUGUAGAUUUUGGGGAAAGUGGUCCUGUUCGAUGUUCUCGUUGCAAAGGUUACAUUAAUCCUUUCGUGAAGUUUAUUGAUCAAGGAAGACGUUUCAUUUGCAACCUGUGUGGAUUUACGGAUGAAACUCCACGUGACUAUCACUGCAACUUAGGUCCAGAUGGUCGGCGUAGAGACGCUGAUGAAAGGCCCGAACUAUGUCGAGGAACAGUUGAAUUUAUUGCGUCUAAGGAGUAUAUGGUGCGUGAUCCAAUGCCUGCUGUAUUUUUCUUCUUAAUUGAUGUAUCAAUGAACGCUACACAAACUGGUGCAACUGCAGCGGCUUGCAGUGCCAUCAAACAAGUGAUAGCCGAUCUUCCAAAGGGUCCUCGAACAAUGGUGGGUAUUGCUACGUUUGAUUCCACCAUCCACUUUUACAACCUAAAACGAGCUUCGCAGCAGCCAUUGAUGCUAAUUGUUCCUGAUGUUCAAGAUGUCUAUACUCCACUGGAAAGUGAUGUUAUUGUUCAAUUUUCUGAGUGCUCUGAGCAUUUAGAAAUGCUGCUUGACACCAUUCCUACAAUGUUUGAGAGUAAUAGAAUUGCUGAUUCAGCUCUUGGUGCUGCUGUGAAGGCUGCUUUCUUGGCAAUGAAAAGCACUGGUGGCAAACUCUUAGUUUUCCAGUCAGUUUUGCCGUCCGCUGGUAUCGGAUCCCUUUCUGCUCGAGAGGCAGAAGGCAGAAGCAACAUGUCAGCAGGAGAAAAGGUCUUAAUGCUGCAUAUAUUUGCAUUGUCAGGACUGAUAUUAUCUGAUAAGACUCUAAAAACUAUGGCAAUAGAAUUCGCCGAGUACCAGGUCUGUGUUGACUUGUUUAUUACAUCGCAAAUGUAUGUGGAUAUUGCAUCUCUCUCUGUUAUUCCAACGACAACUGGAGGCCAGGUAUACUACUAUUAUCCUUUCUCUGCCCGCUCCGAUCCUGCUAAGCUGUACAAUGAUCUUCGGUGGAACGUCACAAGGCCCCAAGGGUUUGAGGCAGUGAUGCGUGUUAGAUGUAGCCAGGGUAUUCAAGUUCAAGAAUAUUCUGGAAAUUUCUGUAAGCGCAUACCAACUGAUGUUGAUCUACCUGCGAUUGAUUGUGACAAAACAAUAAUGGUCUCCCUGAAGCAUGAUGAUAAACUACAGGAAGGUUCUGAGUGUGCUUUUCAGUGUGCUCUUCUUUACACCACUGUAUAUGGACAAAGAAGAAUCAGAGUUUCCACACUGUCCCUGCCUUGCACCAACAUGCUCAGUAAUCUAUUCCGCUCUGCUGAUCUAGACACCCAAUUUGCAUGUAUCACAAAACAAGCUGCUAUUGAGAUUCCUUCAGCUCCUCUUGCACAAGUCAGGGAUCAAGCUACCAAUGUUUGCAUCAACAUUUUAUACUCGUACCGGAAGUUCUGUGCUACGGUGUCAUCAGCCGGACAACUUAUUCUGCCCGAGGCACUUAAAAUGUUGCCUCUCUAUACACUUGCUUUACUCAAAUCCACUGGAUUACGGCCUGAUGGAAGAAUUGAUGAUAGGUCUGUCUGGAUUAAUUAUGUCUCACCAUUACCUACUCCUUUGGUGAUCCCAUUGGUGUACCCUAGAAUGAUAGCACUUCAUGACCUUAAUGAGAAGGAGUUAGAUGAUUCCAUUAUUCCUGUUCCGAUUCCACUUUCCAGUGAGCACAUUGCUACCGAAGGAAUAUAUCUUCUUGAGAAUGGAGUGGAUUGUUUGAUAUAUUUGGGUGACAAUGUUCAACCAAAUAUUUUGCAACAGAUGUUUGGCAUUUCUUCACUUGAAGAUAUUCCUAAUCAGUUCAUUUUGCAGCAAUAUGACAAUCCCUUGUCAAAGAAGCUGAAUGACAUUGUAAAUGAGAUAAGGCGCCAACGAUGUUCUUACCUACGCUUGAGACUGUGCAAAAAGGGGGAUCCAUCAGGGAUGACGUUCUUCUCGUACCUGAUUGAAGACAAGACGGCUAAUGGGUUGUCAUACGUCGAGUAUCUAAUACACAUUCAUCGACAGAUUCAGAGUAAAAUGGCUUGAUCAGCUACUGGCAAAAGUUUUGACACCUAAGAGAAGAACACAUGAGAUGCAUCUUGAUGUUUGCUGCGACACUGGGAGAUCUCGACAAAUACAUCUUUCCUUUUUGAGUGAGGUUUGGAGGUUAUAAUUUUGUUUAGACAAUCAUUACAUUUGAUGGGUUUCUUGAUAGAGUUAAAAGAUAUAGAAAUAAACUAAAAAGGAGUUGGUUUCAGGUUUUUGGAUAUAUUCCUAUCUAUAAUCUUUUGCUGCACUGUCUUUUGAGAUGUAAAACACAAUGUUGUAUAAUUAUUUAGAUUUAGUGGUCUUUGUUGAUCCAACUUGUUGUAAGGUACACAAUUGAUGAAAUUAGGACACUUCUUAACUCAUCAAAAUAUUCAUGGAGUUGUGUGAUUUUUGUAUUUA